AUGUCGCAACCAGACAACACGGAUACUGAGCCAGGACUGAAAGCUCCAGAGACACGGUCGCGAACAGCACAGCGAGUAUGGCUCAAAGUGGCCACGGCGACCAUCGUCGUGGCUGUUAUCUCACUUCUGUCGAUCUGCACCAUCGCUCCGCCUUUGUCUUACAACACCCGCAGCACUACAGAAUUGGUAGUACAAAACGCUAGCAGUGUCUGGCAACCGAUACCAGCUCAUGAACCCUUUGCAUUCCAGAAGCGAGACGACUGGUGGGACAAGAAGGUCAAGAAGGGACACUGGCUUCCACAAGCCCAGUGGACAGACUUCGCAGCUCUCGAGCAGAAUGGAUGGGAGACAGAGCAGUGGACUCUCGACAAGCCUGGCGAUAACCCUUUCCUCAAAGCCAUCCGCGCCCUCAAGAUCCGCACAGUCCUCCAAAUCUUCGGGCUCUCCCAGAGGUCCACCACCCCAUCAGCCUGGACCGAGAUGGACCACGACCACCCAGCGAGUGAAGCCUCCUACCAGAACCUCUUCAGUCUUGCCGACGGCGUCCUCGUGGCAGAUUUUAACUACUCACCCGACUAUCAGAUCAAGCUGAACGAGCUCGACGUUACCGCCCCAGCGCUGACGCAAUGGUCUGAUAUCGUGUUCUUAGACUGGCAGGAACUACAUCACCAGGCUGGGAGCAGUGAGGAGCAGAAGAGGAAGAUCCAACACUUUCUAAGAAUCAAGAUCCGUAAUGAGGAGACUGUCUCCACAGCCAGAGCUGCACGGAACGGCGGUGUUAGGACGGGUGGGCAAGAGAGACCGCCAGGGUAUCCAGGCUGGGAAUGGAAGAUCCACGAAGAAGCGGCUGAAGCCAUCAUGGGCACUGCCAAUGGCGCGGGAACAGCUUACUUCCUCGUGCAGCAUAAAGCGUACUUCGGACUCAAGGGUCUUGAUUCCAUACGGGCUUUCGAUUGCACUGAGGAUGAAGAGGAUGAUUUUGAGAUGUGCCUAGACUUUCACGUUGUGGAUGGGCCGGUCGUUAUGAGGGAAGAUUAA